AUGUGCCUAUUAACCUAUUACCUCAUUUUUGCACCGAAUCAACAGUGUAAGUGAAGGAUAACAGAAAAAUAUGCCGAUGCAAUUGCUAGUAGGAGUCGCUAAUUGCCCCAAGCGUGUAUGGCUUAGAUAUGUGUAAUUUAUAUAUAAAAUAUCCUCUCAGUGGAUUAGUCUGGCGUGGUUAUUAAAAAUUAAUAUUUGCUUCAACCGGUCGCUCCACACACCAAAAGAUUAUUUUAAAAUGGGGAACUUUACAAGUUUUUCGGUAUGGAAACUUGAAUUGGAUUUUCCAUUAUUUUGUUCCUGAGAUGUGCAAGUGCCUAGUGGAGAAAUGGAAGAAGAACGACUUUGGAGCUGUAAAAUGGAGCGCAAGCUCGAAACGAAGAUUCCAAUUGAAGCCGCAAGCCCAUUGGGCACAUUAGAAUCUUCAAUGGAUGCGGAAAAUGUGCUGGUGAAACCCUGCAGCUUCAACCAGACUUGCACCAGACAAAAACCCAAAUGGCACACUUUUCGAGUCCUUCCCAUCGCCAUUCUAACAGUCAGCAGUUGCCAGAUAGGUUUUCACCUGUAUUCCACUCCCAGCUUCAACAAAUUGCUUCGCUUUGAGCCAAACAAGCGGCUGGAGGUUUGGAGGUAUUUCACAUACAUGUUGGUGCACGACGGCUGGUCUCAUUUGGCUCUCAAUGUGGUCAUGCAGUGCAUCUUCGCUGCUCUGUUGGAGAUAAGCCAGGGUCGCCUUAGAGUGUUGACAAUUUAUGUCUUGGGAGGAGUCACAGGAAUAUUAGGAGCAGCGUGUCUUCAUCCCGAUUUAGUGGUAGGAGCAUCAGCUGGAGGUUACUCGCUCCUUCUCUCCAAUGUUGCUGAUCUAGUGCUGAACUUCCAUACAAUAAACUACAGAAUAUAUCGUGCAAUAUCGAUAUCAACGUUGAUAAUCUUCGACGUGAUUUACGACAUUGUCCACAUAUAUUCAAGCAGAGAGCCGCAGGUUUCAUGGCAAGCCCAUUUCUUCGGCGGACUUACAGGACUGUUUCUAGGCCUGGUUGUAUUCAAGUGCAACAAACCGACCAAAAGCACCAGAGUGUUCUUUUGCCUGGGACUUACACUUUACUUCAUUUUCAUCGCUAGCUUUAUUGUGCUGAUGGCCCAAAUCGAAAAGUGCGGAACCAAAGGUCUAAUUCGUCGGCAAUUCGUCUAUUUAUGUUAAAGUGGUUGUUUUGUAUUUGCGAGUUUAUUGUGUUGACUUUUCCUGAUGUUUUUUAAGCCGUAACUCCUCAGAUUAUUAAACUGUGCUCGACAAGGAACAUUAGCAAACCCAAUAAAAUAAAGGAAAAUAAAGAAA